CCCGGGACCGGCGUAAGCUUUCUUCCUUCCAUCGGCAUCGGAUUCGUCGCGCCUACGGUUGUUCUCGUUGUCUCGUGCUUAUAAUUAGCUGUCGUGUUCUAUAUCCAAGCUGACGCCAUCCUAUUGCACCAUUCACAAUCGAUCUAUGCCACUCCCAGGAGGAAACACCAGCUCGUUGCUUAUCUGCCGAGGCAAGGGUCUGACGGAUUAGACGCUACUUCUCACGUUGGCACGAACGUACGCUCUUCUGCAGAAGCCUUCGCGGUCACGCUCUAUCUUGCUUGAAUUGCGCCACGAUGGACACGAAUCAUCACAUGAAAGCAUCAGGGCAGCUGUCGGUGUGUAUAAAAAGCGCCAUCCAUUUUGGUCCUUGUUGGAGCUCUAGGACACCCCCAUGAGUACUCACACGGUACCGGCAUCCGAAAAGUUUCCGGAAAGUGUUUCCCACUUUCCAUCGCUCGGUGCCAACGUUGGAGACCCCACCAACGAUUUCGAGAAGAAGCUGGGAUCGAGCGAAAACUUUGGCUUGGAAUCGAGCUUGGAUGGUCAGGAGACAUAUAAAGGCGAACCUAUCGUAACUACUGGCGCGGAUGUAUCCCGUCUCAUCGUGGAUUUGAGGGAUGACGGAGAUAACCCAGUCACUUAUCGGUCUCUUGCUCUGGGUACGGUGAUAGCUGGAUUGGGUGCUGCCGUCAGUCAAAUCUACUACUUUAAGCCGGUGCUCGUUACUGUAUCAACCGUGUUCCUUCUCUUGCUCACAUACACCGUUGGCGAAAUCAUGGCCAACUGCCUACCUCGACGGUCCACGGUUGAAGGGACCAGAUUACAAUUUUUGGGACCAGCCCUCCAUGUGAUCAACCCUGGCCCUUUCCAGCUCAAAGAGCAUGUGGUCGCCACUUUAAUUGCAUCGACAGCGGCAUAUGGAAGCGCAUCCGUACAAAAUUUUGCGGUUCAAAGACUCUUCUACGACACUAACGUUGGCGCUCUCACCGCUGUUCUCGCAACCUUCUCGACCGCUUGUUUUGGAAUGGGCUUGGUAGGAAUCCUUCGUCCUCUGACGGUGUAUCCAGCAGAAAUGGUUUACUGGGCGAGCCUUCCCACCGUCUCCGUCUUUCAAGCCCUUCAUUAUGACACAACGGGAAAUCUAAAGCGCAAGAAGCUCUUCUGGGGAGCGUUCACUGGAAUGUUCAUCUGGGAAAUUAUACCUGCCUAUAUUUUCCCCCUCCUCAAUGGUUUUAGUAUAUUCUGCUUAGCGAGUCAAAAGGCCUCGAGGCGUGUCAGGGAUGUUUUCACGAACAUAUUCGGAGGAGCGGGUGGAAAUGAAGGGUUAGGGCUAUUGUCGAUAUCCUUGGACUGGCAAUAUAUCGGCUCAAGCUAUAUGAGUCUGCCUCUCAUUCAGCAAAUGAACUCGUGGAUCGGAUACUUUAUUUGUUACGUGGCCGUCAUUGCGAUAUAUUACUCUAAUACUUGGAACUCUAAAGCAUAUCCUAUGCUUUCAACGGCCAUCUUUUCUUCAAACGGAUCUGUUUACGAACAAUCAGCGGUAUUUGGGGACAAAUGGGUUCUGAAUCAUACCGCGUUGGACCAAAUUGGUCUCCCAGCCAUCACUGGUUCCAACGCAUGGGCCAAUCUGACAAAAAAUCUUGGAAUUGGCGGGCUCAUCGCACAUGUCGUUUUGUUUUGGGGGUCUGAGGUCCGGGAUGCGAUUCGGACGGGAAGAGAUAGAACACAGCCAGAUAUACAUUACCAGGCAAUGCUCAAGUACAAGGAAGUACCGUGGUGGUGGUAUCAACUUCUACUACUACUGUCGUUCCUUGCAGGCCUUAUUGUCGUCAUCAAAGGUCAGACUAGCUUGCCCUGGUGGUCGUAUAUUGUAGCACUCGUUGUUGGCAUGUUCAUUACGCCAUUCUCCACUAUACUCUACGGACGAAUGGGUAAUGGUGUCUCCACAAACCAACUCAUGAAGAUGAUAUCUGGGGCCUUGAAUCCUGGUCGACCUGUUGCGAACCUCUACUUCUCAAUGUGGAGUCACGACGUAGUGUCUACAUCGAUUGGUUUAGCAGGUGACUUGAAGAUCGGACAAUAUCUGAAGAUACCCCCUCGCGUCAUGUUCCUCACACAGCUUUGGGGAACCAUUCUAGGGGUGGCUGUAAAUUAUAUUGUCAUGAUCAGUGUUGUCGAGUCACAGCGCGAAAUAUUGUUAGAUCCACGCGGAACAAAUGUCUGGAGUGGACAAACAUUGCAGAGCUUGAACAGUAAUGCCGUGACAUGGUCGUUGGCGAAAGAAUUGUACGGACCGCAUGAACCUUACUUUAUCAUUCCUCUGAGUCUUCUUAUUGGGGCUAUUCCCACCGCCAUUCAAUGGUUGGUAUCAAAGAGGUGGCCCGUAAUAUUCGGCGUGCGAACCGACAGCAUCAUUCUACCCAUCAUCUGGAAUUUCGCCUACGCAAUGAGUACGGGUGUAACUUCAAUGUAUACAACCAUUAUUAUUGUGGGGAUUGUCUCUCAGUUCUGGUUACGACGAUACCAUCCCGGUUGGUACAAGAAAUACAACUACAUUCUUGGCGGAGCUUUCGAUGGAGGAGCCCAAGUGAUGGUGUUCAUACUUGCGUUUGCAGUCUUUGGAGCUUCUGGCGUCGAUAGACCCUUCCCUCAGUGGGCAGGGAAUCCUCGAAAGGGAAAUGUGGACUACUGCAACGGAAACGGGGCUCUCGAUGGCUAA